AUGCAUGCACUCUCCUACCAUGUUCCAGUUUUAAUAAAAAAUCACAAGACAUUCAAGCAAUUCACUGGCCAGGGUGUUGAGAAAAACAGUGAUGAUGCAAAAAGAAUUUUUUUUCAAAAGUCAAAUAAAUGGGAUGCAGCUAAGGAUGCACUGCAGUUGGAGGUGCAACAGCAAGCCCUCCAUCACUGUGAAAGGGAAAAGAGAAAAUAUAACAAACAAAACAAUGAACACUGGGAUAGUGGAAUUGUUAAAUCAUGUAAAAAAAGAAUGCAUUCUAGGGAUGGUGCAAGUGCAGGUGAUCCUGAAAGUGAAGCAUCUGUUGUAAACAGUGCUGAAGUACCAACUACAAAUUAUGAAAAAAAUGGCAGUCAAACAAUUUGUGCAAGAAAUUAAAUCACAAAAUUUGCAAGUGAAUGGAAAAUCAAAAUUAAAGAAAGGACAACUGAUUGGGGUUUUAAAGAACAGUGAUUGACUACUGUGGAUAAUAUUCAAGUCACCUAAAAGAAAAUGAAUGAAUGAAUUAUUGUGAAGAAGAAAACAACUCUUCUUAUAAAAAAAAAAACAAUAUUUAUAUAUAUAUAUAUAUAUAUAUAUAUAUUUAUUUAUUCCUUUUGGUGAUUAAGUAUUCACAGAACUAAAAUAUUUACAUUAAGUGAUUAUAUUCUGAGAGCAGGCUUUCUGGUUAAUAAUAACAAUAACUUCUUCAGAGGGAAUCAGUGGUCCUUUUCUGAGGGAACCACCUUUAUUUGCAAUAAAACGCUUUGAAUGAAAAGCUAACUUUGUCUUUAAUUUGAAAGGGAAAUCAAUAGCAACACCUUGGCCAAAUUCAUCAAAGUAAUACCACUGCAACAUUUGUGGAAGCUAUACUUGGUCUACUGAAGUGCAAGUCUACCCGCAUCAGUUUCACAGCCUCCAUACAUGUUGAUCAUGACAUAGUGAGAUACAUUUUUAGGAAUAAGGGUACAAUUAUUAUUAUUAUUAUUAUUAUUGGCCCUGACAAUUAUUAUUAUGUUAUAUGA